AUGACGGUACAGGACGAUAGCCAACACGAUGUGAAAAGUGUAGACCAGUUGGACAGAGGAAGAUGCAAAUGCUCUCGUGUUCGCCUCUGCUUCCUUGUAAUGUUGCUACUUUCUGUAAUACUUUCCUAUUAUAUGGAUUAUGAGGUGUCACUAAACUGGAUCUUAUCACUGGGCACAUUUUACAGUAACCGAAAUAUUAACACAAGUGCACAAAUAACUCAUUCAGUGCAAAAUAAAACAACUACUACAGUUAUGGCUCCAGUUCCAAUAACCAGCACAGAAUCAGCACAGUCAACUGUAAAAAUUACAACACAACUUCCCAAGCGUUUAACCCCUGCUCCACCAAAGCCUCCAAACCCAUAUACUGUGGCUUAUCCAAAUGACUAUCAUUUCAUUAUAAAUGAGCCAGAGAGGUGUCUUAAGGAGAAACCCUUCCUUGUUCUGCUUGUGCCGGUGGCUCCAAACAACAGAGCUGCUCGGAAUGCUGUCCGUAGUACUUGGGGUUCUGAAAGGGAGGUCCUGGGUAAAAUGGUCAGUCUGUUCUUUGUGCUGGCUUUGCCUCCUGCCGAAGGGCGUCACAAAGUGCAGGAGGAGGUGCUGCAGGAGAGCAAGGAACACCAUGACCUGCUGCAGAGUGACUUCCUGGACUGUUACAAGAAUCUUACCAUCAAGACAAUGGUGAUGCUGGAGUGGCUGAGUUCCAAUUGCUCAAAUGCAUUUUAUGCCAUGAAAGUUGACUCUGAUAUAUUCCUUAAUGUGCACAACCUGGUGGAAAUGCUCAUUCGGGCACCCAGGCAAAACUAUUUGACUGGACUUGUGGCAAAGGGUGGCGCUGUCUUACGAAAUCCUGCAUCAAAAUGGUACCUUCCGCAUGACAUUUUCCCUGAGUCUGUCUAUCCACCAUAUGCUUUGGGCCUAGGCUAUGUUCUCUCCUUAGAUCUCCCCAGUAAGCUUACGGAAGCAGCCAAGCAUGUUACAGCAGUCUACAUUGAGGAUGUGUACAUAGGCUUGUGUAUGAGGUAUCUUCGUGUAAGCCCUACUGAUCCACCAAAUCCCUCCUUGUUUAAUGUAUUCCCUGUUCCAUACAACCGUUGUCGCUAUGCAAAACUGAUUGCCACCACAACACAUAGCCUUACAGACCAAGUGAACUUCUGGAAAGACUUGAAGAAACCUGGUCCUCCAUGCUCAUAG